CUCUGCUACUGAAAAGCUAAUAUUGAUUAUUGAUUACUUAAAAGCACAAAUCGUUAUCGAAUUAUCAACACCCAAUUACUUCAUACAUUUACAUCACUAUUCAAGAGUCGGAAAAAUUGUAUAAAUCAUUCUGCAUUUGUUCAAAAUAAUAGGAGAAGAAGAAGCACAUAAUACUCGGUUGCAGCUAAAGAAGGAAAUAUUCCAGAAAGUUUGUUAGCAGUAGAAACAGCAUAAAAAGGAAACGCAAAUAAAUUGUGAAUUUUUAUAAAAUAGAAAACUUUAAAAAAAGAAAAGAAAUUUACCAAAAAAAAUUAAAUAUUUUCUUUAUAAAUUUCUAAUAACUAAAUUGCUAAAUAUAGUUUAAUUAUACAAAUAUAUAUAUAAAAAGAAAAACAGCAGACAAAAAAAGAAAAUGACGUCUCUCGAACCAAAUGUGAAUCGUUUGCAAAAUUUCAAAAACAAAGGCAAGGAUCAGGAGGAAAUGCGUCGUCGACGCAAUGAAGUCACAGUGGAAUUACGUAAAAAUAAACGUGAAGAGACAAUCCUUAAGCGCCGCAAUGUUCCCAAUAUGGAUUCGAACACAGACGAAGAUGAUCAGUUACCAAAUCAAAUAAAUUUGAAAAAAUUAGCCGAAGCUGCUGCAGAUUCAUCAAAACCUGAACAACAAUUGGCUGCUGUACAAGCUGCACGAAAAUUACUCUCCUCUGACAAGAAUCCACCCAUCAAUGACUUGAUUAAGAGUGAUAUAUUGCCCAUUCUAGUUGAUUGCCUAAAACAGCACAAUCAGACAAUGUUACAGUUUGAAGCUGCCUGGGCUCUUACCAAUAUAGCUUCGGGUACAUCACAACAAACAAAUGAAGUGGUGGCCGCCGGUGCAGUACCUCUAUUCUUACAGUUGUUGUCAUCACCCGCUCCUAAUGUCUGCGAACAGGCCGUCUGGGCUUUGGGUAAUAUUAUUGGUGAUGGUCCCGAAUUGCGUGAUUAUGUCAUCAAACAUGGUGUAGUACAGCCACUGUUGUCUUUCAUCAAACCCGACAUACCCAUAUCAUUUUUACGCAACGUCACUUGGGUUAUUGUGAAUUUGUGCCGCAACAAAGAUCCACCACCACCAGCAGCUACCAUUCAUGAGAUUUUGCCCGCUUUAAAUAUUUUGAUUCAUCAUACUGACACCAAUAUCCUGGUCGACACCGUUUGGGCCAUUAGCUAUUUAACCGAUGGCGGUAAUGAUCAAAUUCAAAUGGUCAUCGAAAGUGGUGUUGUACCCAAAUUGAUUCCACUUUUGGGUCAUGCCGAGGUUAAAGUACAGACCGCAGCUUUGCGUGCCGUUGGCAAUAUUGUUACCGGUUCAGAUGAACAAACACAAGUGGUGCUCAACUAUGAUGCUCUUGCGUUCUUCCCAGCUUUGUUGUCGCAUCAAAAGGAGAAAAUACGCAAAGAAGCUGUCUGGUUCUUGUCCAACAUAACGGCGGGCAAUCAAUCACAAGUUCAGGCUGUUAUCAAUUGCGGCUUGCUGCCCAAGAUCAUCGAGAAUCUACGUAAUGGUGAAUUCCAAACGCAAAAAGAAGCCGCUUGGGCCAUUAGCAAUUUGACGAUCAGCGGUAAUCGUGAACAGGUGUUUACACUCAUAAAAGAGGGUGUCAUACCUCCAUUCUGUGAUUUAUUAUCAUGCCAAGAUACACAGGUUAUCAAUGUGGUUUUAGAUGGUCUUAACAAUAUGCUCAAAAUGGCCGAGAGUCAUGUUCAAGAUGUAGCCAAUUUAAUUGAAGAAUGCGAUGGUCUCGAAAAGAUUGAAAAACUACAAAAUCACGAAAAUGUGGAAAUCUAUAAAUUGGCCUACGAAAUUAUUGAACAGCACUUCUCUGAUGAGCCUGAACAAGCUUCGAUGGUACCAACAUCCGAUGGCACUCAAUAUCAAUUUGAUCCAAAUGCCGAUAGUAUAUUACCGAACACAUUUAAUUUUUAACAAAAUUUCCCUUAUUUUUCAAUGUGACCAUGAUUUGAAUAUGUUGUCUUGUGUUAAUUUGCAAACAACUAAAAUCUUUUUUUAUUUAUAUAUAUACAGAUAUAAAUAUAUAUAUUUAAUUUAGUAACAUACAACAAAACAAGCAAAA